UGAAGAGCAACCUCGGAAACUUGAGCAUGUUAUUAAAGUUGCCCAUGCUUGUCUAAACCCUCAAGAGACCCCGCUUGAUACAAAGAGUAAUAGGGCGAGUCUAGAUUGACAACAUUCCGGCUUUGUCAGACUGAUGUCUCAGUCCAGUCUCAGCAAGAUCUUAGUGCUCAUAUUAUUCCUAGUAGCGAGACUGAGUUGAAACCACUGACACUAAGAAAACAAUACUGUUACAGUUUGGAAUUGAGCUUUGAAAUAGAGGUAUGGAUAGACACAUUACACAUGUCAUGUAAUGAUUGUCUAUUGAACUUCAGGCAUACCUCCAGCAAGCUCAAGAGCUGGUGAUACUUGAAACCAUAGUGCUGCAGACUUUAGGUAAGUAAAGUCUGACUGAGUGAGCAUUUAGUGAGAGCUUGAUCUUGUCUCCAAAGUGUUUGAAUAUUAUGUUUGAAUAUUCUGUUGGUUCAUUGCUGCCAGGCAUUGGUGAAUUUCCAUUUUUCAGACUGUUUUAAAUUAGGUUUGUCAUAGUAACAUGUUGAUCAUUCCUCAAUGCCAUAAUUCUAUUGUACCCGCGCAGGUCAAAAUGUUCUUCUGUUAUGAUGAAUUUCAGAUCUUGGCAAACAGCAGUCCCAACCAAGCAUGAUCCAAUCUGUGGUCUCUAUGACUACGAAAUACUCUAAUUAUGUGGCCACCAUCUGGCCAUUUAGAUUAUACAACACCAAUAUACUCGCCCUUAUUUAGAUGGAAAGAAAUGAGAACUCCUUUUCAUAGUCCACAUGUUAUCCAGACUGUGCUCCUGUGAUAAAGAAUAGAAGGGAAGAACCAUAGAACAUUACUUUAAUACAUUUAAUCUACAAACUGCUACUGUUGAAACUCACCUGUCAUGUAUUUUGUUACAGGAUUUGAAAUAACUAUUGAACAUCCACACACUGAUGUGGUGAAAUGUUCCCAGCUAGUGAGAGCAAGCAAGGAUCUGGCACAGACUUCCUAUUUCAUGGCUACCAACAGCCUCCACCUCACCACCUUCUGCCUGCAACACAAGCCCACAGUAAUCGCCUGCGUCUGCAUCCACCUGGCCUGUAAAUGGUCCAACUGGGAGAUCCCUGUCUCCACUGACGGGAAACACUGGUGGGAGUACGUGGACAACUCUGUCACACUGGAGCUUCUCGAUGAACUGACGCAUGAGUUCCUUCAGAUUCUGGAGAAGACACCGAGCAGGUUGAAGAGGAUACGAAAUUGGAGGACCACGCAAGCUGCCAAGAAGACCAAGGGAGAUGGCUCUCAGGCAAACGACCCCUACCCAGGACCCUCCCUGGUCCACGAACAUUCCCUGGGAGAUGCUAUCCCUGGGGUCUCCAACUCAGCCUUCUCCAAAGCCGCUUCAUCGUUCCCUGUCCCUCUGCCAGGGCACGCCAGUGGGCCCCUCUCCCUAGACUCUAUCGCGUCCAUGCAGGGCAGCUCCUACACCUUCACAGCCCCCAGCGACUGGCCCCAGGAUACGGGGGGUCGCUUGGAGGGAGGAAGCUAUUCCCUCAAAACAGAUGCACUUGGCCUCCAGCAGGGUGCUCCAAUGAACCCGAACAGACCAGAUAAGACAGUAGAGUUCAACCCUACUAAACAUGAACACAAGGUUGGGUCGGGGGGAGGUGUGGGGAAGCAACAGCAGCCAGUUUUCCCUCCACCGCCCCCACCGGCUCAGAAAAUGUCCCUGGACAAGUAUAGAGAGAAGCACGCUGCUGAGCUGGCGGUGCAGCAUAAACGCAGGGCUGAGCAGCAGAGUUUUGAGCCUGAGGGCAGGGACUCAUAUAUACCCUCUGUCCAAUCAGACCACAGGAAACUCAUGCAGCUCCACCCUAACCCUGGGAGCAGCAGCAGCACCACUGCCUCCCCUCUUAAAAUUAAGCUGGCCACGCCAGGCCAGGACAAGGUCCCCUCUGACAAACGGGACAAGGGAGGCUCACUCAAACUCCGCCUUCCAGUUCCUUCUCAAGGGGGCGUGGCCAGCAAAGAGGAGCUGAAGAUGAAAAUCAAGGUGUCCUCGGAGCGCCACAGCUCUUCUGAUGAGGGCGGGGCCAAGAGCAAACAUUCCAGCCCGCUCGUGAGCAAGGAGAAGCACCGGGAACACUCAACCCACCGCCACCACCACAAGCAGCACGGCCACUCUCACCUUCAUGCAGCACAGCACAGUGGCAACGGCCGAGGGGUCCCCGAGGGGCCAGCGGGGGCCGGGCCAGCCGUCCUCCGGAGACCCCUAGGGCUGGGAGGUGUUGAGGGGGUGGCGGGCAUGGCCCCUAGCUCUGGUUCCAGCUCCUCCCGCAAGAGGGGGCACCCACACGUCGCAAGCCACAACCACCACUCCUCCAAAACGAGCAAAAGCUCCAAGGGCGGCGCAGGUGGGCUACGAACAUCUCAACGCCCUAGUGAAACUGGACAAGAAGCCAGUGGAGAGCCGCAGUCUUGAGGGAGCCGGCCGGACGUUUGCUGCCAGCGGGCAGACUACAAACACUUUUGACAUGCUCGAUUCUCUCAAGUGCCCAAGGAAUUAACUCAUGAACCCUUUGUAGCAAAGCAUAGGAAGGUAAAGUAAAAAAUAUAACGGAAAGUGUAGGACAUCUCAACGGUUGAGGCAAAAAGAGAGAAAUGAAUGCUUCCUGAUCAUCUGAUCUUUUGGAAGUGCUGGUAUAGUCCUGCCCCUUUCAAUGUGUAACUGCUGCUUUGUCCUCCAUAUUCUCAAGAUGGGUCUUGGAAUGCGGACGUGUGUGAGUGUUAGGGGGUCAUCCGAGUUUAAAUCUCACAUGUUCAGAGGGGGGAAAAGUAUAAAUACUGAAAAUGCACGAAAGGUGCAAUUUCUAAUAGUUUCUUUUAAAUAAUAAUUUAAACAGCAUUGCCACAGCUGUUAUCCAUUCUGGUGAGAACAUGUCAAGUAGCCCUCUGUUGUGGCAGGAGGGGGCUUAACUCAGACAGAAGUAAAGGCAGGCCAAACAUGGCUGCCAAUGGCAGUUGGAUUUUUAGUUGUUUAUUUCUCUUGAAUUAGUUUUUCCUUUUUUAUGCUGAAUACUGUAUGUAGGAUCUGCAUGCAAUCAUCAAAGGGAUAACGCAGAAAGCUGACCGCUGUUUACAGAAAGUAAAGAUAAAUGUACAUACAUUUUUGUAUGUUUAAAAAGCUAUACCAUAAAUACUCAGGUUUGGAGCUGCUUGUAACUAUAACAAGAUAUAUAUAUUGGGGAAAAAUACUAUUGUAACUUGAUGUAGGAGUCCUAUCAUCGGUGAUUCUGACUGCCGCAUUCCUGUGUUGUGCUGAGAGCCUGUACUACACAUGGCUGGCUGCCAGGAGAUGGCACUUGAACUUCGACCUUUCCAACUCAGCCAAUCCAGACCCUACAAACAGUACCAACCACCUGGCAUGUUGUCAGAGGCCAUGCAAUUUAUACACUUAUUUUAUUUUUGGACUUCCAAGAUUACCUUAAGCUGGAUGCCAAAGGCUUUGCCUCACAAAAAAACGAAAGACAUACAUGAGAAGAGGACAAUAAUAAUAGUGCUAUAACGGUUACAUGCCUAACCUUUGCUGUGAAGAGCAUUUACACAAAAUUGUUACUUGGCUUGACGCUGUAGCCCAUAGAUACAAAGCUGUAGGUAAGUAAUAUGGUAUUGUUUAUGUCUGGUGAAAGAAAACAAUAGCAGAAAAGUAGCCUGGGUGCCAGUCUUUCUGCUCUCUUGCUAACUCCUUAUGUAAUAUGGCUUGACAAUAUGGCUUGACAAUGGAGUAGGCAAGAGCACAAACCGAUCUGGGACCAGGCUAGCAGUAAAGGCUGUAGGGCUUAACGUUCCAUCAGUGUUGAUACAGUACGGUGGCUUGUAUGCUGUUUGUUCUCUAACGGGUCAGUUUCCUAAUAUAUGGAGUAUAUCGUUCUCAAUUCUGGACACACAAUAGUAACUGUUCUUUGACUGGUUAGUCCUUUAUUUCAGUGUGCAGACAGUUUGAGGCCAAGAUGGUAUAUUUCCCCAGUAAUGAUAGUGAUUAUACUCUUGGGCACAGACAUUAUUACAGUGGUUUGGUCUCAACAAGAAGGCAAAUGCAAACCUUGACAUCCAUUUUAGUUUUUUUUGUUCUACAAAUAAAUAUUACGGUUACCACUACCUUAAAACAUGA